GUGUAGUGUGUACACAAAUCUGUAUAUCACUACGAAUUUUAAAUUGUUUUACAUUAUUAUUGUUCGGUUAUUAUAUAACCUUAUUUAGUAGUUAAAACUUAGACUGUCAUAAAACUUAUAUCGUCUCUUAAUAUCCGGAUUAUUGUCAAUACUGAAAUGAUGAUCACUAGUUUGCUGAGACCAAAUAUGAUGAAUGAUACGUCAGAAUGCAGUAAGCUAAAAUAAAAUAGUACCUAUCUACUUAGUUUUUAAAUACUACUUGAAAUUUACUAUAUCAAUGGUGUGAUAUAAUUAUUUAGUUAUUAUUAAACAAUUCUUUGCUUACAAACAAGCUUUAGGAACACUAUUAUAACAUGAGCAUCUGCUGAUUGUGUAUACCUACACAACGUCUCUACAUUUUUGUACUAAUGAUAAUUUUUGGUUUUUUUUUAACACAGUCUUAAAAAGUAACUUAAUUUUAAAAAUCUUUUGGAAAAUAAAACUUAAAAUAUUUCAGAUACUUUUGUUCAGGUCCCAUUAAAUUCCAUUCAUAAGAUAUGACUGAACAUAUGUUAGCUGACGAUAAUAUUGAUGGUUAGAAAAAAAGAGCGUUGAGUGUAAGUGCCACUUCCCAAAUUGUUCAGGAGAGCCGUAAUAUUGUGUUACAACCAUAGGACAUUGUAUGACAAAUGGUUUUUGGACUUCAUAUGUUAAGUUAUCAACUUUUAAGUGUUUUUGUCGAUUCAUUUUUCUUAAUUAUAAUAUAAUUAUGCAUUUAAUGCCAUUAUAAAAAAAAAAGACAUGCCCCUUUUUUGUCUGGCAUUUACACUUUACAAGUUAUUCUGUUGAAUAUAAUGGCUUAUAGUUUAAUAUUGUCAUUUUUUCAAUAAGUAGGUUUGAUAAAAAACAGAAAAAUACUAUUAAGCGGGAAUUAAGUAAUGAUAAAUAGAUGUAAUCGCCAGUAAUGCUUAAAUUCUAUCACAUUUUCCUGAAUGUUGUUACGUUCUUUAAUUGGCGUUUACAAUUUUUAAAUCCCCCUAAUUAUUAUCUACUAUUUGCAGUUUAUGUCCAUAAUUUAAAACUUCGAUUGUUGAAAAUAAAAAUGAUAUUGAUGUUUAGGUUGGAUCAAUCGAUAUAUAUAAUUAUGCAGUUUACGAUAAUAUGCAAAGUCGAUUUUAAAAUAAAUGUCGCUUACGUCCUUUUACCUUAUAACCGUUAAAUUAUUAUUGUCAUAAUUUAAUAAUUAUAUUUUGUAAUUAGAAACAUAAUAUAUUAAUACACCCUUAAAUAAUAAGGAUAAAUAAAAGAUUUAUAUUUUAUGAGUAGAAGCCGGAAUUAAAUUCGUAUACAUAUUUUUUUUUAAGUCUAUGCAGUUUGAAAGAUUUACAAAUCGUGAAACGUAUAAAUCAAUAGCAACCUUUUUUUUUGCAUAUUGUAGGAUAUUUCAAGAUGAAAGAAUAUUUUGUCUAAAAAAGAAUAUUAAAGAAUAUACUGAUUUAUUUUUAUGGAUUUUCAAUAUUUUGUGUUACAGUGGCGGAAAUAUAAUAUACUAUAUUAUAAUAUUGAUGUCAUUUUAUAGUCUGUAGUUAAUUUUUAAUGAUAAUUUUUCACCAGCAUAUGAUAACUGAUUUGUAGCAUGCUCCUAUGACUUCAGUUGACGUUAAACAUUCUUUCAGUACUUAUAAAAACAUUCUAACUGACCAUCCUACAAACAUGACACCAGAGCACAUGGAAACAAAUAUAAUUAUAAACAGUUUUCAAAAAUUGUCUUAGUUAAAAAUACCUCAUUAAUCUAAUUAAAUAAAAUAAAUAAAAUGUGUAGUCGUAGCUUUUUAAGCCGUUUUAUUUUUUAUUGUAUACCUAUUUAUAUCAGAUUAUUUUUUUAUUUUGUAUAUUAUUAUUUGCAUAUAAAAGCAUAUUUUUAAUUUAAGAUAAUAUAAAAGGAUAUUUUUGGAUAUUUUAUUAAAAUUUUUAAAGAAUAUUAGAAGAAUAUUUUCAUUAUUUUUAAGAUAGUAUUGGCAUCUUAUUUUUGCUAUAUUAAGAGAAUAUUAUUCCUGCCUCUAUUUAUGAGAAAUCUUUGGAAGAAAAAAUUUAAAAAUCUAUUUAACAUUAUGAUUUAAUUGAUUUAGUUUUAAAUUUCAAAAAGGCAAAUUAUGUACCUACUGAUUAAUAUUUUAUUAAAACAAAUAUCUAAUUAUUGUAUUUUAAUUAAAAAAAUAAUAAAAAAAUUUCAAUGAUAUUGUUAGUGUUGAAUACUUUGUCUAAUCAUUCAUCACUAUCGAACUUUGAAUGAUCUCUUGAGCUUUGAUGAACUCAGAAUCACCAUUCCACAUACUUUUUCAAAAAUUCUGGAGAGAUAUUGGAUGAUAAAAUGCUCAUACUUUUUUUUAAAGCUAUGACCAUUUUUUUAUAAUCUUCAUGUGAAAUUAGAGAAUCAAACAACGUUAAUCCUGAUAACUUACAUACCAUAACUGUCCUGAAAAUGUUCUCCAAUUUGUUUUUUAUGAAUACUAUGAUAUUGCAUUAAAUCUUUGAGCAUUUGGAGAUCAUUCAGGUGCUAAGAUUGAGCUCUAACACAUGUACUAAUUUCCCAAAUAAACCUGAACAAUAAAGAUAUUACAUUGUUAGAGUCCCAUUAAAUUAAUUUACUCUGAGUUAGAGUUCAUCUCUGAAAAUAUCCAUUUGCAUGCAAUAUAUCAAUUUUGCCAUCUCUACCUAGUAAGAUAAUAAAAAACACCACUUUUUAUAAAAGGGUUGAUUGCAGCUUCUAAAUAUCAUCCAAAACUUAUAAAAAAGGUGGAAAAUAUUUAUAUAUUCCCGAAAACAUAAUACUAAAUGAGUGAACAAAUCAAGAGAAAAAUAUUUUUUUUGAUCCACUCUAAUAGCCACUUAAUAAUUGUAUUUUUUUAUUAUGGCAUGGUAUUGGUUUACAGAUGGGAUUGAAAAAAGUAAUAUUAGCUUAAAAUUUCAAGGGAAAUAUUUCAAAAUUUAAUAUGCUUUGAUUAAUAAAUUAAAAGUAAUUAUUAAUUUAAUACCUAGUAAUUAAUUGUAUCCCUUAGGUUUUUAUACUAUCAUAAUAUGUGUAUUGUAUCUACUUAUAUAUAGGUAUAUUAAUAAAACUAAUUUUAAAUCAUUGAUAGGUUAUGAAAUGCUUAAGGCAUUAUAUGAUUAUGAAGAUAGUUCAUCAGAAAGAACACUUGAUUUCAAAACCAAUGAUGAAUUUUUCAUUUAUCGAGAUAUUGGAGAUAAAAAGAGUUGGUGUUUAGUUAUUAACCAAACUGGUGAUAAAGGAUACGUGCCAUAUAAUUAUGUAAAAACCAUAUAUGUAUGUAUGUUAGGUAUAUGAUACUUAUAUUUGUUUUAUUAAUUAUAAAUAUUUUUUAUUUUUAUCAGGUAAAAGAUACUCACGUCUUGGAAUUCUUAGAGAAAUGUCUGUCUACUGUUCAACAAAAACUUGAUAAGAAUGAUAAUUCAUCCAACCAAUAUAACAUUUACGAAACAUUAUUAAAAAGGAAAAAAAAAUUUAAACAAAAAAUUGCAUACAACACAUUAGAUGCUAAACUAGAUACACUUGCACAAUGCAAAAUGACUGAUAAGGUUUUAUUAUUGAUAUACGAUUAAAAUUCAAAUUUACCAAUUAUUAACUAUUAUUAAUUUAAUAUUUAAAACAUUGAAAUUAUUUUGUUAGUAUUUAUUAAUUAAGUAUCUUAUUGUUUUGUAUUAUUUGUAUAGUCUCUUCAAACAGAAACACUUGAACAAAAAUUGAAUGAACACAAAAAUGAAUGGAGUAUUUUCCUAAAACCCAAAGAAAUCACUGUCCCUGACAUUUAUGAAGUAGUGCAGCAAGUUAGAAUGAAUUUAAUAUCAAAUAUUUUAAUUGAUCAUUGUUUAUUUUAUUACACUUAUUUUUAAACAACUACAUAAAUAAAUAAAUAAUACUCAAUUGAGUCACGUUUUACUUUUUGACUUCGUGAUUUUACCUAACGAUGAACUUUAAAUACACAUCAUAAUAUUCCAUUUAUUUGUUUAUUUAUUUAUUUAUAUAGUUAUUUACUAGUACCUUAACCAUUUAAUAAUUUUUGUUUUACUUUAUUAUUUAAUUAUUUUAAACAAACAUUGAAUAUUUGUCUAUGAUUUAUAAUAUUCCAUGUAUUAAUUUUUAAUUUUACUAAAAUCUUUAGAGAUCAUAAGAUUAUUUUGUUAUUGAGCUUGAGCUUAAUACAAACUUAAUUAAAUAUAUUUAUUUUAGCUAUGUAAUUUUUAUUAUUCAUAUAAUAAACUUGUUGAUGUUUUAGGUGAGAAAUCAUACAGGAUUGUCUUACAAUUUGUCUCAAGUAGCUGUCUCUGUUGUGAUUCAGAAUUUGUCAAAACUAGUAGAUGAACCAGGAAAGUCUGGUCUCAAUACUAUACACAAUAUAAUAGAUACAUUUCCUCCUACAAAUGCAACAUUACCUGUAGAGUGUUUGGAAAAUACAAAGGAUGGACAAAGCAUGCUUCAAUUAUUGGGAUAUUUAACAGAAGCUAAAGAAGAUUCUCAACAACGUUCAUGGCAAAUAUAUGAUGAUCAUGUACAAAUUGAAAACUGUUUAAUAGAACUUACAAGUAUCUUGGUAACUAUCUUAUCUGUUAACAAUAUCAAUAAUUAUUAGUAAUAUUGUAUAUUAACAAGUUAAUCUAACCACCCUCCCAUUGUACUGGCUACAUAAUCAAAAGCCAUCACAUUUAGUUUUUUUUUUUUUUUGAAAUUGCAUAAUAUUUAAGUUUUCAAUUGGCUAAAUUAAACAAAUAAAGAGUAAAACCACAUCACAAAGAAAAUACAGGUUAUUUUAGGAAAUGUUAUUUAAUAAAAUUAUUUAUAACUUUUAUAAAUUAUAAUUGAUUUUAAUUAGUUAAUAUUUACAACAAAAUAUUAAACAUGCAUUUAUGUAUUUAUCAUUGGACAUGUAAUAUUUAUGUGUGUUACCAGAAAUAAUGAUAAUUCUUAAUAAGGAAAGAAAAUUAUAUCAUUUCUUAAGGAUAACAUGCAAUAUUCUCACAUGGUAAACUUACUUGACAUUUCGAGUUACAAAUUCUGAAUGCUGAUCUGCUGGCACACCCCUCGAUUUGUUGUGCAUACUUUUCUACCAAAAAUCUGCUCCGAUUUAUCAAGUGUAGCUUAUUUUCUGAAAGGAAAUUUUAUCUCCAUGAUAACUCGAGGAAGUCAUUUUUUGAUUUUUCCAAGAGUUUUCCCAGUAAAUGUGUAAUACUACGAACAACAGUACAAUAUUAAACAAAUAUUACUGAAGAAAAUAUAUAAUGCCUAUUUAAUUAUUUUAACAUAUAUAUUGUUGACAAAGCAUAUCACUAUCAACUGAACUGUACUUAGAAUAAUUUUUCGUUAGUAAUGGUUUAUCAUUGCUUACAGUUAGUGUACAUUAAAUUACUUAUAACAGUAGCUGCACCCUUCCCCAUUAUCCUAGGAUGUCUUUUUUUUUGUUUUGCUCUUGUUUAUAUAAAAUGUACAUUGUAAAUGUGAAUUUUCAUGUCUUCCCUGCUUUUUUUUCAAGCCAUCCAGGUUUCGAAACACUGUUAUAAAUAAAUAUAUUCUAUAGCCAUUUGGAAAUGUGUCCCGUAGCUAAAUAUGUAUACAUACAACCAUUUCCUAAACUGUCAACAUUUCUGGUAACAUAUAUAAAUUGCAUGUAUUUAUUGUUUUCUAAUCUAAUGUGCUAUAGAUUAUUGUGUGAAUAUCUAUAUUUGCCUAAAAUAUAAUUUAGUUAUAAAUAAUAUUUUUAAGUAGAAUCAUUGAAUUGCAUUAAAAAUAAAUAAAUUAUAAUGAUUAUUCUAUAAUAUGUUAAAUAUUAUUUUUAAAGUAUAUAUUUUAUUAUAUUAAUUAUUUUGUUUUUGUAGAAAAAUGCAGAUCCUAUGGUUAUAAACCAUAUUUUAAAAGUUGACCAAUAUUCAUCUAUUAACAGUUUAUUAGAAUAUUAUCAAAUGGAAUUGAGAUGGGUGAUUCAAAAACGUCUGCUCGAAAUAUUUUCAGAACUAUGUAAACUUAAUUUUGUUGUAGUAGAAAUCAUAAUUAAUUCCAUACUACCAAUGGAAUUGGCCAGGUAUUCUUUAUAAUGAGUAUUUUUAAAAUGCAUUUUAUGUUUAAUAAAUGUAUUUAUAUUUAACAUUAAUAAUUAUUUAUUAGUGUAUUAUUAAUUUAUAUACAUUAUAGUAAUUGUAAAAAGGUUUAUUGUUAUACUUAAUUGGUAAUGAAAAGUAAUUUGAAAUAUUUUUAUUGUUAUUGAAAUUCUGCCAGGCAUGAUAUAAACCAUUGUCGUAGACACCUUGUCUGUUAGAAAAUGUGUUUACAUGCUUACUCCUAGUGGAAUUUUAAAAAUCUUAUUGGAUCAAUGCCUAAAAGUACCUGUUUUUUUAUUCUAAUGUAUAUUACUUUUUUAUUUUGUUAAAAUAAUAUUCAUUUUGAAUAUAAGUAAUUAAUUAUUCAAAAUAAUAAUAACAAAUGACAUUUGAUUAACGCUAAUACAUAAAUUAUUUAAUUAAUGUUUUUAUAUAGUUAAUCACUUUUCUAUACGCAUAUUUUAUAAUAAAGAUAUUAUUAUUAAAAUAAUACAAAUUAAAAGUGUAUUUAAAAUGUAUGUUAUAAAUUAUGUAUAUUUUAAUUUUUUAGAGAUGUGCAAAAUGAUAAAGAUGAUUUUAACAAGCAAAUUAUUCUUGCGGAAUUCUUAACACUUGUUUUGUCAGUUGGAGAAACUUUACCUAUUUCUUGCUUUGGUAAAAUAUUGUAUCUAAAUUUUUAACGAUUGAGGCUAAUACAUUUAAUUUUACAGAAUAUAUGAAUUUGGAUUUUGUUACUAAAAUACUGAGAGAUAUAGAAGACACUGAACAAAAAUCGUCUACUGAUGAAAAAAAGGCCGAAUGCAUGAUAAAUUUAUUGUUGGCUUAUAAUCUUCAGUUUUCAAAUGUUGAAUCAAAUAUAACACUAUCUGGAUUGGCUCAACGAGAUAAUGCCAAAGUACUUACUGAAAAUUUGUUGAUUUUACUUAAUACUGAAAGUUAGUAUAUUAAUUUAUUUGUAUUAUAUAUAUAUAUAAGUAUAAAAUAAGGAAUGCUAAUUAUUUAUUUUUGAAUAGAAGAUCCUGUACAAAUCUUGAAGUUAAAGAAGAAACCAAAGAACUCCGUAGAAAAAUUAUUGAUUGAUAUUCUGUCUGAUCCAAAAACUGCCAAAUUAUUUUAUGUUAAUGACAUAGAAGUAUUAAUUGAUAUUAUUAUAAGGCAAUUAUUGAAUAUUCCUUCUGAUGAAAUGGUAAUAAUUAAUUUAAUUUUAAAUUAAAUAGUUUUGGUUAAUUUAACAAAUAUAUAUUAAUCAGUAUUAGUAGAAAAUUGCUCUUUACUUGUAGAGCGUAGACGUAUAAUUUGAUUUUCAAAUGAUCACCUUUGAUUUGAAAUGUAUAUUAUUUUAGUAAAAAAAAUCAUUAAGCUAUUUAUUUAUUGUUUAAAUGUUCAAAAUAAUAAAUUUUGCAAGCUUAAAAUUACAACUUUGUGAUUUAAAUUUUUAAAUAAAAAGUUAAAAAAUUUUAGGUAAAAACGGAAAAAUAUUUAUUUAUUAUACAAUUAUAAAAAGACGGGCAUAUUUCGUUCUAUGGUUGACCCAUUGUUGUAAGUGAGAAGUUGAGAAGGUAGAAUAUAGAAGAGAAAUAAUUAAUGUAUAUUCAAUGUUUGAUCAUUGCUAACAAAACGCGAUUCUAGAUUCGGAGCAGAGUUCUGUUAUACAUAUUUUAAAAGACUAAUAUUUAUAAUUUUUAUCAAAAUUCUUAAAAAAAAUACUAGAUAAAAAUUUUUUUUGUUGACCAAUAAUUAUGACUUAUAAUGUCAAAUCCUGUCAAAUUUUCAAACAUUUCUGUUUGGUCUAACAAUUUUAUCCACAGAGUAUGUAUCUACUAAAUAAUACAAAUUACAUAAAAAAAACUUGUAAAAUUAAAAUGUCUUAAAAUGUAAAUAUGACUCAAAUAUUUUGAACAUUUUGCCAUGUCUAGGAAAAAAAAAUAUAAGUUUUCUGUCUAAAUUUCAAGUCUACAAAUAUUUCUAACUGAAUUAUGAUAAAAAAAACAAAUUGAAAAUAAUAAAAGCAUUAUUUUCAUAAUUUUUCUAGUUUUUUAACGGUUUUCUUCAAUUAUUAUUUUGAAAACUACUGUGCAAAUCAAAAAAAUAUUGCCUUAAAAUACCCCCACAGGAAAAUUUACUUUCAGAAAAGGUGCUACACUUGAAAAUCAGAGCAAGAUUUAUGGUUAAAAUUUUAAUACACUCCUUGCUUUGUUCAGAAUGUAAAAUUAUAUAAUAUAUUAAUAUCCAUGUUCAUGAAUAAUUUUAUUAAUUAGACAUUUCUACAAUGAUUUUAACUUUAAGAAAUUGUAUUAACUAUGUCAUAAUAAAAAUGCCAUAUUGUUUUUACUUGUUUAAUAAUUAUUUGUGUUUAAACUUUAAACAAUAAUUAGUCAUUAUUUUUAACCUUAUUUUAUUUAGGCUCGUACAUCAUACUUGGAACUUUGUAAAAAUGUGAUCUUCAAUACAGAAUAUUUGGUCCGUGGCCAUAAGUUAUCUGAUCUAAAUGACUGCCUUCGAGAAAUUAUUGCAGAUGAUAGUUCAUGUACAAAAGAACAAGAUAUUUUUAUAAUUGAGGAAAUCUAUUCAAAAUAUCCGGACUCAUUCAACAAAACUUGAUUAUUAAAUAUAUAUUAAUGACAAUGUAAUAUAUUUGCUUAUUUGCUAUAUUACUAAUUAUUUAUAUAUGUUUAUGUGCCGAAUAUUACUUUUUAUUAAAUUGUAUUAGAAACUAAAAAUCCUUCUGCUACAAAGUAAAACAGUCUACUAAUCCUAAAAUUUAAGCAAAGAAUUACAGUUGAGAAAUACAAAUAAUAUUGCAUAAUGUACAUACUGGAAAAUAGAUUUUUGAUUAAUCAAACCAUUUUUGUAUGAUAAUGUUGCGGAUAUAAUAAUAUUAUGUUACAAAAAUACAUAACAGGUUCUUAAAUAAAAAAAAAAAAAUAGGUAUUCUUAAUUAUUUGUAGGAAACAAGUUUUUUUUUUUUUUUAUUAAAUAAUAAUAUAAUAUGUUGUUUUCUAUAGACUCAAGAGUCGUCAGUUUUACUGUUUAUCUCUGUUUCUAUACAAUGAAUAUUUAUGCAACUAAUUUAAACUUAAGUAAAAAUUUGUUCUUUGCUUAAAUUUGUAGACUACAUUUUAUUGCAGCAGAACUGUAAGUUACUUUUUAAUGUAGUUGCUUUUUCAUGUGUUGCUUACUACUGUGAUAAAUGGAAUUAAUACUAUCCUUUAAUAGUACUAAUUCCUCUGAACAGUUAUCAUCCUUAGUUACAAUUUUUUUUUAUUUCUGGUUGAUUGAUCACCAAAAUCAUUUAGGGGAACUAUAAAUGUUCUAUUGGUAAUUGGUGUCUUUCUAACAUUCACUGAAGUUUUUGCCGAUACUUUAGACUCCAGACAUGAAAUAAUUUGAACUUCUACUAUUACUCUUUAUUUGUCUGCAUUUAAAAAGCAUCAGCUUUGUAAUUUUCUUGUAUCCUUGUAGAAUUGUAAGCUCUUUUUGAACUUAGAAAAGUUCUUAGGAAUAGAUUUAUGCUUAAGUUUGUCAAUGGAUUUAUGUAUUUUAUGUAUUUUUAAAAUAUUUAUGAGGUUUUUUUUUCUCAGGGUUUUAUAUUUUUCUUUAAUAAAAAUGUCAUACCUGAAAAUACAGUAUUUGCUUGUAUAACUUAAAUGAUUUAAAUUACUGCUUUUGAAAGGUUAUUAUGAAUGAUAAGUUAACAUAUUAAAAUAACCAGACCGUUUAUACUAUUGAGAAGAUUUAUUUAAGGUAUCCGAGACUUAUUUAAUAAAAAUUGAUUAAAUACCUAUCUACUAAUUACAAUAUAUUAUUUUUGCUUAUUUGCUACGCUAUUAAUAAUUAUUAAUCAAAGGGUGUGUACAAAAAAAAGUGAUGAUUAUUCAUAUACCUGUUUAUUUGUGCCAAAUAUUACCUCUACAUCCAUUAUUAUUAUUAUUAUUACUAUAUUGAAUAGCAUAGGCUCAACUAGAGAAGUGCAGGGGGUCUUUAGCACUCCCGAGUUUAAAAUUAGCACCGUCAAAAACCCCAUUUAAGUUUGUCUUAGUAAUAAUAGAAUAUUUUAUCCAUAUAUUUCAUAUUUAAUGAACAGAACAAAAUACAGUUUUCCUACACACAAUGCAUGUGUGUAUGAAAAACAAUAUUAAAAUAAUGAUAAUAAAUUUGUGUACCUACAAAAAAUUGUAAAUGGAAGGUGUAGGUAACUGUUGUAAAAGUCAUUUAAAUGGGGUUGUGGGGACAUAGCCUCUAUGAGUCUUUGAUGUGUAUAUAAUUUUAGCACCCCCAGAAUUGGUGGUCUAGUUGCGCCUAUGUUAAAUAGUGAAUACUAUUAUUUUUACAUUUAUUACUAUUACAUUAUAAUAUUAUAUUGUCUUAUAAUACCUAUUACCUACUAUUUUAAGUUACUAUCCAUUUUGUUGGUUUUAAAAUCAAAAUUAUUCAUGUAACAUUUAGAAAUGUUUUACACAUUAAUUAUACAAUAUUAUUACUCAUAUUAUAUUGAUUGAUCUAUUAUAUUAAUUCAUUUUUUACUUUAAUUAUUAUAUUAUAUUAUUAACUGUUGAGCAUUAUAUUAAAAAUGUCACCUAUUUUAAAAUACAUGCUAGUAAUAAUCAAAAAUAUCUUGUAACAGUUUAUAGCAUUAAAAAUAAAAAUAUAAC